GACGAAAUUUUUCAAAAGGAAGAGGACGCAAAUGAAUCUACUUCAUUUUCUUCAGCACGCAGUAAAACCACGCUUUUUGUUCGAAAAAUUCCGUAUGAUACUGCUGACAGUGAAUUCGAGGCAUUCUUUUCAGAGAUCGGACCAUUGAGAUCUUGUUUUACUGUGAAAGAAACCAGGAGCUUAGAUGCCACUCUAGACUGUUCAUUGCAUAAAGAUAAUACAUUUAAUAUUGAUAGCUCUCAACCUUAUACUGGUAAAAGAGAACAAAAUCGAGGCUUUGGGUUUGUUCAAUAUGUACUAAGUCAAGAUGCAGAACGAGCCAUAAAAGAAUUAAAAAAGGUAAAAUUCCGUGACCAAAAGAUCUUAAAAUUGGAAUUUGCUUUGAAAAAACACGAAAAACCCCCAAAUAUCGAAAAAAAAUCGGACAAAAAAUUUAAUUUGAAAAAAUCGCAAGUGGAAAAGACAGAAAACAAAGGAUCAAAUCGGACAUUGAUCGUCGAAGGAUUACCGAAAGACGUGACUAGAAAAAAGAUUUAUGAAAUAGUCAGAAAAGACGCAGCUGAAGGGUUGAACCGUUUGGAUGGACAUGUAUUUCAUGGAUCAAAAAUGAAUGCAAAAUUGUUGGUUAAAAAAAAAGUAUCAGUUGACAAAAAAUUCCGGUUGAUCGUUCGUAAUAUUCCAUGGGAGUACCAAGAAUCAGAGCUUUUAAAGAUUUUCUCUGUUCACGGAGAAGUAGUUGAAGUAAAUUUACCGCGUAAAUAUCCAAAUGGUCCCUUACGCGGAUUUGCUUAUAUACAAUAUAAAAAAGUUGAAGAAGCUGAAAGGGCAAUCAAUGCAAUGAAUGAAACCAAACAUCAUGGCCGGACUAUUGCUGUUGAUUGGUCAUUACCUAAGGAUAAGUAUUUGAAAGCUUUGAAAUCUCAACAAAGCAAGCAUGUUUGUGAACAAAAUAAUGGUUGUCGUAUCGAUUCUCGUGCUGAAGAAAAUGCAGCCUUAUUUGUCCGCAAUCUUUCCUUUGAAGCCACUGAAGAAGAGUUGAGUGACAUAUUUCGUCCAUUUGGCCCAUUACGUUAUUGUGUAAUAACGAGGGAUGAUACAACGGGCCGUUCGCGGGGUACUGGAUUUGUAUGUUUUGCACACAAAGAACAUGCAGAUACAUGUCUCGAGGAGGCGAGAUGCGUAAAUCACAUUGGAUUUGAUUCAAUUGAACGGCCAGGACUGUCGACUAAUGAAAAGAAACGGAAAGGGAUAAUUCAUAAAUCAGUUCUCACAGCUGAUCCAUCAGGCUCACAAGCGCUCAAAUUUACAUUACAUGGUAGAGUUUUGUCAGUGGUCAAAGCUGUUGAUAAGGAUGAAGCACAUAGAUUAAUGGAAAUGAAUAAAAAUAAAAGGCGAAAAGAAGAUCGAAGAAACACAUACUUGAUUAAAGAAGGAGCUGUAUUUCCAAAUACACCAGAUGCAGCAUUGCUACCACCUUCGGAAGUAACUAAGCGUGCUGCAUCGUUCUCUGUUCGAAAGAAUUUAUUGGCAAAAAAUCCAAAUCUUUUUAUAUCAAAAACUAGAUUGUCUGUGCGAAAUUUGCCACUUUCCAUAGAUGAAAAAAAAUUAAAAAAUUUAGGCAAGGAAAGCAUUAAAAAGUUUAAAGAUGAAGUUAAAAAAGGUAAAAGAGCAGACCUAACAAAAACGGAGAAAAUGGAAGGAUGGGACAAACUAGUUCAUAUCAAACAGGCCAAAAUCGUUCGGUCCAAAGAUCGAAUUGAUUCUUCAACGAAAAAACUGCGAUCGAAGGGUUAUGGAUUUCUUGAAUUCACACAACAUUCUCAUGCAUUAGCAGCAUUGAGAUAUCUUAACAACAACCCAGCCAUAUUUGGUGAAAAAAAGAGAUUGAUUUUGGAAUUUGCAACUGAGAAUUGUAUUAUCGUCAAAAAACGGGCUAGAUUAUCAAAAGAUAGAGACAGCAAUGUCAGGGGACAUAACAAAGCUGACGGUAAUAAUAGUAAUGGUGUUGAAGUUACAAAAUCAAAUAAUAGUUCUCAUUUAGAACAGAGAAAUUCGAAAAGAAAGGUAAAGAUGGUUAAGUCUGAGAAUCAAUCUAAAAAAAGGGUAAAAACUUCAUAA